AUGCCUUGCGCUAGUGCACAUAUGGAGUGCUGGGAAUGUUUAUGUUAUGGCUUUGGUAAUAGCUUACCGGAGACACCAUUUCAAAAAGUACACUAUGGACGUAAACGUUUCGAGGAGAUUGUGAAUAACUUAGUGAAAACACAAAAUAAAAUGGACUCUAAAAUGUUUAAGACAACACAAGAGAAAUUGAUUGAAGAUUUAUUUGAACUUCUGAAAUGUAAACGUAAAUUCUGGCCUGACGUCGAAUUGAAUAGACGUGCACCCAACUGGGGCGAGUAUUUAAGUGCGCUUAAUGUGAGUGUAGAUGAUGAAUCCUAUGGCAGUAGAACACACACAAUAAUACUUAUUGAUAAUAACGACGUAAUGCAUUUCAUUGAAGAAACAAUGGCUGGCAAUGAUCCAGACGGAGAAUGGAUAAAAACACAUAUUGAGAAAAAUAUUGUUUAA